GUUCCCCUUUUGUUAUUUGCAUAAACUCUUUGUUGACCUUUGAUCACUUUUUUCCUCACUCACAAUAAUUCCUACAAUGUGUUUAAAACUGAUAGACUUUGCAAAUUCCUGACAUCUUUCAUGAUGUUAAGAAGAAGCGACACCACAUUUUUACCGCUCAACAGCUUCAUUUUAGAGCUCAUGCCAGGGUUAGAGUGUGUAUGUCUAGAGUUUCAAAGUUUAAAAUAAACUUUAAUAAGCUGUUAACUGUUAAAGCCACUUGAGAAGAAUAACACACUGUGCUUUCAGGAGGCUCUGUUAACAUGGUGUCUGUGCAUAAUGCAUUAAUUUAAUGGUAGUACAUAAAAACACUGCAUCGUAGCUUUCAUUUAAUUAAGUCAUCAAGCACAUGGGUUACUUUUAAAGACAAAGCUAGAAGGGCUUCUGCCGCAUAAUAUUACCAGUAGUGCAUAAGCAUAUUGUUGAUCAAUAGCUUUGAUGUAGGGAAGGUACUGUUUGUUAAAAAAAACAAAAACAACUGCAAGAAAACAAAUUAUAGGGAGAGUUGAUCCAAUUUUUGUGCUGCAGCCGGACCAAUGUCACUAACUGAAUGCCUGGAAGAGGGUAAGAUAGACGAACCAACCAAGGAUUUACUAGAUGUAAACACAGGUGCAGAAUGAGAAACAAUUACGAGUCAACGAAACGAAAGAGCUCAAAAGACUAACAAAAAUACAAACAAACAAAAGGUACCCUACCCCACCCCCGGUUGUUUUGAGUUAACCUUACUAGUUCCAGUUUCAAACUGUUGAUGCUCGAUCAAAAAUCUGAGUGACUUGUAUUGCAUUUGAAGGGUUCUGUAAGAAUACGAACGGAAGUUUUGAUGUGAAUUAUCGUUGUAUUGGAAUGAAGUUCUGGUGAUGGAUUACACAUAGGCGCCUGUAAUGGCCAGCAAUUUGGAUAACAGUGCUAGGAGUGAACGGGAUUCAAUUGUUUAUGAUGAUGUUGCAUCCCAAGCAAACUUGAGCACUGACGGCAUUACUGCACCAGAAGAUGCUCAAGAAAAGGUUGAUACUGUUACACUUGUUAAGGAAGAUGAACGUGUCAAAACACCUGGUCAAAAAGAAGUAACAAAGGAACGUAACAAGAAAGGAAUCAAUGGACAGAAUAAAUUGAAAAAUGUUGAUGGGGAUAGAGGAGCAGAGAGGAAAGAUGGCUCUAGUGAGCUAAUCUCAAAAGAUAGUGUUGAUAAAAAUGAUCACGAUAGUGAAUCACAAAGAGAUAACAGGAAAAUUCGUACAGACACUGACAAGGAGCUGUGGACGCCAGUGAGAAGUGAUUCCAAGGAGAGCGUGGAAAGUAAAAACAGCGAUAACAAAGAAAUGGGAGAUAUUAAGGGACAGGAUUCUCGUGAUAACCAUCCAACAAAACCACCACGACGGCAUCCGCCGAAAAGACGUCUGCCACAACCUCCACAAUCUACAAAUUCUACAUCAAAGCCUGGUCCUUCUGAGAAAAGUGAAUUGGAAUCGUCGACCAGUGAUGAUAGGCUUUCUGUGGACCAGAAACCUACAGAAAUUGUUUGCAAACCUGUUUUAACAUCAAGUCCGAAUCAAGAUGAGAUCCCUAACUUGUCAGUAGAGACAGUUGAUAAAAUAGAUACAAGCCGCAGGGUUCUAUCAUUUCUUGACGAAUCAAACAAAGGUGGUACGAGAAAAGUGGAGUCCUUUUAUGACUUUCUGUACUCUCAAGAUGAUGCUAAUUCUGCUGUGGAAGUCACCUCUCAGAUAAUUUUAGAAGAAGGUGACAGAAUUGGUAGUGUGCUGUCAGAUUCAGAUGAUCAUCUUUACGAUUCUGUUCCUGAGGAUAGUGUUGCAGAUAGCUUCAGUCGGAAAAGUGGUUUUGAAUCAUAUGAUGAAGUUAUUGUAAAUCAAGAGGCAUAUGUUAUGCCGUCACAUGAGGAGAGCGAUGAGUUUUCUGACAGUGACCCAUGGGGGUCAGACUUUGAGACAGAAGGUGACAUCACUGAUGCAGGGAGUAUCCGCACACAGGAAGAUCUCAAUGACGAGGAAGAAGAAGAUCCGUAUGAUUCAGUGGAGAUAAGCCCCAUGAGGGAACGAAGAAGACCGUUUAGGUUUGUGUCAGAAGUUACUAGUUUCUCACCGUUUUCCAGUGGAAAGAAGCCGUCACUUGGUAUUCCAGGACUGAAGGGCCAGAUAAAAGGCUGCUUGGGAUUAAACAAAGCCCCAAGUCUCCCAUACUUAGCCAGCGACCAAAAAAAUGAUGAAACAGAUGCAGUUUAUGUUGACCCUGACAUCACAGACUCUGUAAACUAUCAACAACCUGUGAUGCCACCUAUGCCUGAAGGACUGUCUAACGAACAGAUCAAAAGAUACCAGAUUGUGAAAUUUAUGCUGGAAAGUGAAGCAGAUUAUAUGAGACUACUGGAUCAACUCAGUAAGCAUUAUGAGUUGCCCAUUAGAGAACGUGAUCUCUUGGAACCAAACAAGAUUGAUAUCAUAUUCCAGCAUGUUCACAGAGUCUUACAGUGCCAUGCCAUGUUCAAUAUUGCACUCAGUGCUAGGAUGGCCGACUGGACCCCGGAGGAGAAAGUUGGAGACAUCCUAUAUGCCCUGUUUUGUAAAUCAAUGGUUCUUGAUGCAUAUAGUGGAUAUGUGAACAACUUCGCAAAAGCCAUGGACACUGUUAAAACUGCCUGUAGAACCCAUCUUGCAUUUGCACAGUUUUUGAAGUCUCGUAGACAGUCAAGCCGUGAACGCAACUCUCUCCACCAUUUGAUGUUAAAACCAGUCCAGAGGUUUCCGCAGAUAUUGGCUCUCCUUCAGGAACUUCUGUUAGUGACUCCCAGAGAUCACCCAGACCGUGUUCCUCUGCAGCUUGCUCUAACUCAGCUGGAGUGUCUGGCAGAGAAUCUAAAAGAAAGAAAAAGAGAAGCUGAGCUGAGAAACAAAGUCAAGUUAUUGGAUGGGCUGGUGUCGCAAAGUCACAAGCCCCUAGCUUCUGGUAACCGAUACUUCAUCAGACAGGAUGACUUUGUACAGUGUACUGUUGAAGGUGAAUCAAUACUUGGAACAAAGAAACGGCGAAUAAUCAUGCUUUCGGACAUGCUGCUGUGUGUUUCCCUCAUUAAAGGGAAGAAAGAUCGUGCCAUGCACAUGGUAAUUGACCCUAAAGCAAAGUACAAGCUGAAAUGGAACGUGCCGCUUAAUGAUGUUGAUAUCGUGGAAUACGGUCCAGGAGUGAACAUAUUAACCAAUUCGUACAGGACAACAAUAAGCCAUUCCAGGGCAGGUCAGUAUCGAGGUACUUACAGUGGCUGCCGUGAGCACUUUGAAGACCUGCAACAGGACUUGGCUGUGAUUGGUCAAAUAGCUGGCCUUGUUGCUACGCUACGGCGUUCAUAUCGGGUUCUUGACGUCGAAAAAGUUCAACAGUGGCACAAAUCCGUGCAGAGGACGAUAGAGGAAGAAACAAGACUAGCAAAUCUUUAUUGGCUGGAGUUGUCUUUACCAUCCAAACAUGGCCAUGUAAACUAUAUAUUUAGCACGGACUCUCCUUCGGUGAAAGCAGAGUGGGUCACUGCUCUUAACACGUCUAAAUUAAGACUGGCGCCAGAGAACAAUCCUGGUUGGUAUCUCCCAGAGGAUGACGGGACUGGAGGCGUGGCUAUUCAGCGCCGAAACAUGCCGCUUCUCAAAGAUAACUCAAGCUUGUUUCUACUCAAUCAGAAAUCAAAGGUUCAAUGCAUCGUAAGCUGUCCGGACACUGAAGAUCCACUCCCGGGCGUCCACGACAACUACAACAUUCUGUGGCUUCUCUGUGGAGGCGGAGACCAUGCGGGUCACGUGACUGUGGUCAAAGUUUCCCUUCCCUCCCCUCCACAGGUGGUAGAAUCGUUCCACGUGUGCGAGUCAAACAUUUUGUGUGGGGUGUAUGUGGAGCGAACUUGUGGAGAGGAAAAGAAGUUUAAGGGUACGAUGUCUGGAAGAUUCGGCUUUCCUUUUCCCACGGUCUGGCUUGGAACACAGGGAGGAAGAAUUUUCAUCUACAAUGCCGUGGACUCUACUCGGCGUUACGUCAUGUCUGUGCGGCUUCCUGAUGCGGUGUUGGCCAUCAAGACGGUAAAUAUGAAGAUCUUUGCUGGAGUGGCCGAUGGUAGCGUGGUCAUUUUCAAACGCAAUCAAGAGGGUACGUGGAACUUCAGUGAGCCAAAAGCCGUAGGUCUCGGUAAGUCUCCCGUAAUGGCGUUGGCGGUUGUGAGAGAAAGCCUGUGGUGUUCCUGUGGAAACAAGUUGUUUAUUGUAAACCACAAUGAAGAAGUUAUCAAGCACGUCAUUGAAGUUGACGAUAACCCGAAAACCAACAUCAAGCACCUUGUUAGUUACGGUGUGGGUGUCUGGGUGUCUGUUUGGAAGUUCCCGUCGAUCAAGCUGUUUCAUAGCGAGACACUCAAGCACGUACAGGACAUUAGCAUCUCUUCUCCGGUGACCAAUAUGCAGCGAGAUAUCGAUUCUCAGUUGGAAAAAACAAAACUUGAUCAAGUUUAUGCCACAGCUUUAGCUGCGGAUGAAGGUUUGCUGUGGGUGGGGACGAGUGUGGGCGUUACUCUAGUAUUUCCACUUCCAAGACUGGAGGGAAUACCACUCGUGUCGGGUAAGAACUGCCAUCUAUUUUACCUUGAUUGCAACGCGCUCGAAAACACACCUAGAUAGCAGCGAAUCAAAGCUAAUG